UGGAAGUCUGGGCAAUCUUCUUGGGAUGAAUUAAUCAAUGGUUAUAGUGGGCUACUCAAAUCUGCACGUCCUAGGUUAACGUUACACUUUAAGGUGGUGUCAAGUGACGAAGUGGACCGUAUUCUACACGGGUCGGGUCGGGUGGUACUUAAACUGAGAAACAGCACGACGUGCACGCUUAUGCUCAUCACUUUGUCUCGUGCGCCUCGCAUCCAUUAUGCGCGGACCUAGCCAAGUGCUAGUCUCCAACCGAAUGCAGACAAUGUGGUUGUGCUUCUACUACGAGAUUUUUUUUUCUGCCAGUGACCACAAAAUGAAAAAGGUUACUGAAGGGCGUCGCUGAAUUACAAAUGUAUUUUGCUGUUUUGUUUCAUCUCUACUCUAUAGAGAUUUCUAUUGUCUUUGUUAUUUGAAACAAUCACGAUGAAAUUUCCGAUAGACAAUCCAAGGAAACAGGUAAACUGGGAUCCCGAACAAGUGGCGGUCCAGACUAACAUGGUGCCUCCGAAGAAGGAGGAUCCUGAUGUGGUUCAGUCCUCCCUCGUUCAUGCCAGCGUCUCGGCCAUGCAGAACCCAAUGGGCUGCGACGUCAAGUUCAGCGGGCACUGCCCACUGCCCAGGCUCUCCAUCUCCUCGCGCUCGGCCAGCGUCGUGGCCAGCCUGGACGCCAGUGUGGAUGGCUCGGCCCUGCACUCUGUGAUGAAGUGGAAGACCGUCGUUGCUGUGUUCGUGGUGGUGAUGUUCUACCUCAUCGGUGGAGGGCUGGUGUUCCAGGCUCUCGAGAGGCCCUUUGAGACCAACCAGAAGGACAGCAUCACGCUGAAGAAGGCCAUGUUCCUGCAGAAUCAUUCGUGUGUCUCACCUGCCGAAUUGGAGGAUCUGAUCAAGCAUGCCAUAGAGGCGGUCAGUGCCGGUGUGAGUCCAAUCGGAAACACGUCCCACGACUCCAGCCACUGGGACCUGGGCAGUUCCUUUUUCUUCGCGGGGACGGUGAUCUCAACAAUAGGUUAUGGAAACAUUGCACCCAGCACAGAAGGUGGCAAGAUCUUCUGCAUCUGUUAUGCCAUAAUUGGCAUUCCUUUGUUUGGGUUUCUCCUUGCUGGAAUUGGUGACCAGCUUGGAACAAUCUUUGUGAAAUGCAUCUUGAAGGUGGAGAGAAUGUUUAGGCAGAGACACAGACAGAUCAGCCAGACCAAGAUCCGAGUGACCUCCACCAUACUCUUCAUCCUGGCGGGAUGCCUAGUCUUCGUCGCUCUCCCGGCACUUACCUUCAAAAACUAUGAGCGAUGGACUGCGCUGGAGGCCAUUUACUUUGUAGUCAUCACUCUCACGACAGUUGGGAUAGGGGAUUAUGUUGCAGGUGGUGACCGUGAGACCGAGUACAGGCAGUGGUACAAGCCGUUGGUGUGGUUUUGGAUCUUGGUCGGGUUGGCCUACUUCGCAGCUGUCCUCAGCAUGAUUGGAGACUGGCUCCGAGUUCUUUCCAAGAAGACGAAGGAAGAGGAGGAGGAGAGGGUGGAGAAGGAGGGCGACACAAGCCUCAGUGACGUUCCCCAGUAUACUGACAAGCUCAAUGUGCCGAACGGUUUUGUGCCUUCUCAGGCCAAAGAGACAAGAGCAUCAGCCAUAGGGAUGUCAUAGAGAUCAAACUGUGAAAGGGUUUCAGGCCAAGGAGAUCAGACAUGUCUCAAAAUGUGCCUUUCUGUUUUUGUACAUCGUUACUUUUGGACAUAUGGUGACUGGACAACCAUGAACUAUGAAUUAGGUCAGUCACGCCCACAUUUCACCAUUUCUGUUGCUGAACAAGUGAAAAGGUCACCAGACACUGUCCAAUGACAACUUGCUUAUCGCUCCUUUGAAGGACAACUUCAAAGGGGCUUUGGGUUCUCUAGAGUAUGACCUGGCAGAAUAUCAUCAUUAACUGUCACUAUACAUGAAGAAGUGUAUGGAUGAUGUCAACUUGUGCUUUGACUGUGUGGCAUACAUGCUGAUUGAGCAAGUCAACAGCCA